CGUACCUUACAGCAGACUUCACCCGACCGCUGAUGUAGUCGUACACUCAGCCGCGCUCUCUCUCUCUCUCUCUCGCUCGCUCGCUCUCUCAUUCUGCACCGAGCACUCCAGUCCGUUUGGAAGUUGGCGGUGCGAGGAGUCUGAAAUUUACGCGCGGGAAUAUCUACGCAAAAAAACAAACAAGUGCACUUGUUUUGCGGGAUAGUUGCCAUAUCCGCCGUAGCUGCCUACAUACAUCAGUUCUUUUGCGCCUUCUGCGUCGCGAACCCGUCCUUCAGCAGUCAUGUCCGAGGUUCUGCCGUACGGAGAGGGGAAAAUGAGCGGAUACGGAGCGGACAACGAUGUCAGUCAGAUGUCCUUCAGCUGCGGGCUGCAGGACACCAACUCGUUCUUCGGAGCGUCGCAGGCGAAAAGACCUCCAAAACUUGGACAGAUCGGCAGAGCGAAGAGAGUGGUCAUCGAGGACGACCGAAUAGACGAGGUGCUGAAAGGCAUGACCGACAAAUCAUCACCGGGCGUGUAAACCCGCGCGAUGCCUUGAAGACAUUUCAGUUUUUUUAUCACCGAUUCGAAGCACUUGUCGGUUGUGCAUGUGAAGAAGAUUGCAAAGAGAUGGAGAGACUGUGGCACGACACUCGAACCACGAGGAGACUUAAACUAAAAAGGGAAAACGCGAAUUAAAGAAGGGGAGACGGAAAUUCCUUUGGGGUUUGCUGGCAAUUCUCCAAUAUAAACGACAACGGAAGCUUUGAGGAAGAUGUCGGAGAUGUUGUUGAGGCUGCGCGCUGCGGCUCAUCUGUGAAUAAAGAUGGAUGGACUUGCCAUUAUUAUUCCACGACCAUCAUCUUCCAAAAGCGCUGUAAGCAACACGAAGUUCAGCUGAAGACUAACCGCAUAUUACGCUCUGUUACUAUAGUUGUACAGUAUCUUAGCUCAAAGACCUUCCCCAUAACACACAAAGACGCACACACACACACAUAUGGAUCUGCCUUGAGCGUCGACUUCAAUCCGACUGCUGCUUUUAGAGACAUUUUAGACUUCACACACAAAGACAUUGAGCUCCCAUAAUGAUAAAUGAACUAUGUACGGAUGGUGCAAUGUGAAUAUUUUCUUUCGCUGUUUUGCAUCAUAUUCUUUUUUCAGAAAUUGAGAAUAUUAUCAUACACAUGCCCACAGGUGUUGAAGCGUGUAGUCUUUGAAGCGUCGUUUGGUGAUCUAUUGUUUUGCCCUUCACUGUAGCUGAUUUGCGCACCUGCGCCACGGAUUCACAUCAUCAGUAUAGCACAGGGGAACAUUGUGCAUUACCACCUCUUGUAAUUAACCCAACAUGAAUGCAUCUUGAUUUCUUCCAAGCCGAAUUUUAUACAUUUCAAAAAACAUUUUUUUCAUCAGCUCCUCACAUUUCUUUUGUCGUGUCCAUCUCUUUGCAUGAACUUUCACUUCGGUGCCAAUAGAGGUGCCACCAUGAAUCUUUCCCUGGCACGCUUCUUUAAAAAAAAAAAAAAAAAAAAAAAAAGUCAUAUUUGUAUUUUUAUAUCUAAAUAUUUGUUAUUUAAAAUGAUAUGCUAGUAUGUCGUCUUAAAGAUUCAUCAACAGUGAUGUUUAUAUUUCAGAGAAAAAUCUUUAGACUGGGAUGAGAGUAUAAUUCAGUUUGGUUGGAAUGGUUUUUUUUUCCUUAAAAAAAAAAGACUUCAUGAAUGAAUGUUUUUUCGGGUUUUUUGCACACACACAUCUGUGUUGAACUACUGUUAUAUGGAAAUCGUAAACUGUGACUUGAGCUUUGUUGAUGAAUUUCUUAGAAAAAUGGCGAUAUUAGAAAUCUACUGCACUGUUUACGAAUAUCUUCAAAUAACUUGUUGUUAUUUGACAGGUUUUUUGAACAUUACGUUUCUUUUGUUGGUUUUAUUUGAAUUUUUUGAUUUGUUUUGUACCAUUAUUCUAAAGAAACUGACUAUGGUUUGUUGUGCAUGAAACCUUAAUACUUUUCAAUAAUGGAACAUCGUUUUAUUAAGCAAAAAAGCAACAAAAAUGUCAUGACAUUCUAAGAAUGAAUCAUUGCAUAUUAAAAUACCAUUUUCACUGUAUUUGGUGAACUAAUAAAUGGUGGAAGAACAUUCA